AUGAAUAACUAUAUUCAGAUGAAAGAAACUAAUUGUAAAAGAAAUGAAGCAAUUGAUGUAGAAUGCAGAAGAGAAGAGUUAAUAAAUAUAAAAAAAAAUUUUUUGAAUGAAGAAGAAGACGAUUAUAUAAAAGAUAGCAAAAGAUAUUUAUAUGAUGAAUUAUCAUACAUAAAUAGAAUAAAUACAUUUAAGAUAUGGUUAAAAAAACCUGUACAUUUGUGUUCUAUUAUUUUAGCUAGAAAUGGAUAUAUAUGUGAAAAUGAAUACACUAUAAAAUGUGAAAUGUGUAAUUGCAAAUACAUUUAUGAAAAAGAUAAAUAUUCUAUGUAUACAAAAAUUAAUGAUUUAUGUUUAUUGCACUUUGACAACUGCCCUUGGAAAAAUAAUCUUAUGAGUUUAUCAAUUUUUCGGCUUGAUGAGAAAUCAUUAAAAAGGGAAGAAUUAAUUAAAGAAUAUGAAAUUAAUGUUUCAAUGUUAAAAAAUGCUUUAUACGAAAUACCAUUAAUAAAUAUUAAAAAAACAAUUAAAGAUUUAAUUAUCAUCAUAAAAAAGCAUAUGGAAAAUAAUUUUUCCAAAAAAAAAUAUACAAUUUUUAAUUGGUAUAUUAACUUUUUUAAAAAUCAGUUCACUCAAAUUUUUUUAAAUAACAAGAGUGUUAUAGAAAAAGGUAUAGAAAAAAUUAAAGAAAAUUAUAAAGAUUAUGAAAAAUAUAUUGUUGAUUUGAAUUAUAUAAAUGAUUUAAAUUUUGAUAUAUCAGAUGAAACAAAUUAUGUUAAUAUCUUAUGUGAUGAAACAUCAUUAUUAAAAGAUGAAAAAGAAGACAUCAAUAUGUAUUUUAAAAUUGUUGAUAAAAUGAAGAAUUAUGAAUAUGAAAAUAUUAAUAUUUAUAAAAUAAUUUCUCUAUGUGGUUGGUCAUAUAAAGGAGAUUCGGUGGAUAAUAAUAAUAAUUUUACUCAAGUUCUAUAUUGUAAAUAUUGUUACAGAGAAAUUAAGAUUUGUAAUUAUUCCACCUUUUCAAUAAGAGACAAUAAACUUCUUUUAUUUAAAGAAUUAAAUUUACUAGAAACAAAAGAUCUGAUGGAUGAUUUAAUUAGUAAAAAAAAAAAAUUAGAAAAAGUAAGAAAUUCAAAUAGUUGUGUUGGUAGUGAUACGAUAAAUAUACUUGAACAACUAUCUACCCUUUUAAAUAAAACAAAAAAUAAUAAUAAAAAUAACAGUUAUAAUAAUAAUAAUAUUAGUAAUAUCCGUCAUGAAGAUAAUAAUUAUUACAAUAGUAAUAAUAAUGAUAGUAAUGGUAAUAAUAAUAAUAAAAAUAAUAAUAAUAACAGUUAUAAUAAUAGUAAUAAUAAUAUUAGUAAUAUCCGUCAUGAAGAUAAUAAUCAUUACAAUGGCAAUAAUAAUGAUAGUAAUGAUAAUAAUAAUAAAGGGAACUCUUACGAAGAAACAAAAAAUGAAACAGAAAAGAAAAAGUUAAAUAAUAAUAUAAUAAAUGAAGAUGAUUAUUCUUUUAAAUGGAAGAAAAAAGACUUAAUUCUAACAAAAAGAAGUAAUGAUAUUUUUAAAGAUAAAAAUAAUAAUACUUUAUUUUUUAAAAAUAAUAAAAAAUACUUUUUCACAAAUAGAAAUGAAGACUUAUUUUCAAAAAAAAAUUCAGAUAAUAAAGAAAGUUCUUUAAAAAAUUCCAUAAGUAAAAUUUAUAUAGAGAUAAGUGAAUAUUUAAAAAAUGAAGAUUUUUUUAUUAAAACAUUAUAUGAUUAUUAUGUUUUAACAGAUUCCCAAUUUUUUUAUUCCAAUGAAAGUGGCAAUGACAAAAAAAAAAAUAGAAGUUUUUAUAAUAUUAGGUUAUUUGACAUAAUUGAAAAUCAUAGGGCAUAUUGCCCAUACAUGACAGAAGACUUAUAUUCUUUUUCUAAAAUAACAAAACUUUUUUUUGAGUUACUUAUAUCUGAAUUUCAAAGGAAAUAUGUAUUCAAAUAA